CACGACCUGGUGAUGGCGCUGUCCACAUUGGCUGUACACCGUGGGACGCGCAACCAAAGUAUCGGUAGGAAGGCGCGGAUCUGGGGGACUCCGUCAAUGCGUCCAGAUCGCUCAAACUCUUCUUAACACUUCGCCACUCUAAUCCUCGGCUGAGAGUCACCGAAGCAUGGUUGCUCGCGCCGCGGCGGAUAGAUCUUCGCUGGACUUCGAGUCAUUCCAUAUCUCAUCUAAUCCCGUCAGUCGGAGAGCAUCCCCAAUCCCAUUGACUAGUGUAUCGUCAUCCUCGAUCGCAUCAGAGAGAGACCUUGAUACCGGUCGUUCCGAUCUCGCAGAGUCGGGCUAUGAUUCAAGGUCUGAUGUUGCUGAACCCUCACACCUAUCGCACAUUGGAGCCUUUGCACCAUUCGACUCUGCACAUUACAUCCGGAUCAUACAAGCGCCUGUUGCGCAGGCCACCGUUAUCCUCCAACCCUCCAGUAGUGGGAGUCGCAGCUUCCACAGCGAGCAGCAUACACGCCGAGCGACACACGCAGACGGCGUAGUUGGUGACGGACCCGACGUGACGAGCAGUGUCUUGCCUCCAUCAUUCGGACCAGGGCCAAAUGACGCGUGGGGGAGUUGCGUCAAAGCCCUUCGCGAUUAUGACGAACAUAUGGUCAGAGGCUGGAAGGAGGACAUUGAUAGUCUGCUAGUCUUUUCCGGUCUUUUUUCUGCUGUCCUGACCGCGUUCAACAUCGAGUCGUACAAACUCCUACAACAGGACCCGACGGAAACUUCCGCAGCCCUGCUUGCGCGGAUUUCUGCUCAGUUGGCAGGUAACUCUGCUAAUGGCCCUAGCUCGCCGUCAACUAGCCCUCCCACGUUCCACGUCAGUUCUCGAGCUGUUCGAAUCAACAUCCUCUGGUUCUCUAGUCUAGUCCUGAGCCUUGUCUCAGCCUCUAUCGGCAUUCUCACCAAGCAAUGGCUCCGCGAAUACAUCAGCAACACCGCGAGCUCUCAUCGGGAGAAUGCCCGUAUCCGGCAGUUACGUCACGACGGGUUCAUCCGCUGGCAUAUCCCCCUCACCAUCGCUCUCUUGCCAAUCUUACUGCAGAUCGCGAUGGCCCUGUUCUUUGCCGGGCUGCUCGAUUUGCUCUGGAGCUUACACCCUGCUGUAGCUGGCGUUGUGACUGUGCUAGUCACCAUAUCCCUGUCUUUCCUCGUCUUCACGACACUACUGCCUACCCUGCGAGGCGAUUGUCCGUACAAGUCCCCUCAGGCUAUGGGUGUCUUUCUCACAGCCCAGGCCUUCAUGCGUCUCCUAUCCUACCUCGCUCGCCGUCUUUACUCCUUCCUAGGCUGGGAUCGCAGGCAGUGGCCCAUCUACGUCGAGACAUCGCUCUUUAGGCACCGCAGCCGUAUCGUCUCCGGUUGGCUGCGAAGUCUGGUCCACCGUAAGUACUUCGGGAGCUGGCGAGAACGCGAGAAAGCCAUCGCCCGCGAGGUAGAGGCCAAGCUGGACCACCGUAUCCUUGCGGGUGCCGACGCGAUGUUCAUGGAUGACGUGUUCCUCGAGCGCGUCGUCCGCGCGUGCAUCAGCGACACGGAGGAGCCUGCGGCAGUCGACUGUCUCCACGAGAUCAUCUACCACCGUGCGGACGGGAUGAUGGAUGGAAUUCCGCACUGGAGACACGCUGAAGACGUAUAUGGGGGAGUCGCCCUGCUUCUGCACUUGGUCGCGGACGUUUUGCCCAGGAUUGCCAAGGGCGAAGUGGCGAGUAUCGAGAAGACGCUGUUGAUAGCGGAUCGCCUCUGUCGUGCGAUUCCAUUCGAGGACUUCAAGCAUCGCAGCGAGACGAUCUAUCUUUAUCAGCGUCUGUUCGAGAGUCUCUCGGUGUUCCUCGUUCAUGAGGAGUCGAUCAAGAGGGCUUCGUUCGACCUCAUGCGAAGUCUGUGGGGAAAGAUGGAGGCUCCCGUGGCCUCUUCUGUGAUACAAAGCCUGAUCAAAUUUGCGCGCCUGGCAAAACAAGCGGACGAAGUCAAUACUUUUCACCUUGCUUGCGAGAUGGCCCUCAGCCUCUCAACACGCCCAGACCUGCCGCUCAUCGUCUUCAACAAGAUCCGCGACGAUCUUCAAGGAAUCUUGGAGGAUCUGGAGGGUUAUCUAACGGCAUCCGACCAUGGCACGAAUGCCCUCGGCUCGGGACAAUCCGGCUACAUCCUCCUCGCGCUCGAGGAGCUAGCGGCGCUCGACCCAGACCUGAUCAGCAUAAAUCUCGUGCGCAUACUGGACCACGUACGACUUGACGGGCCUCCCAAGACGGGCCUUGUGUCUGAUACGGAGAGCUUGCCAAGUCACUGGAAACGACGUCUGGCCUCCGCGCGCGCCGUCAGGAAACUGCGUGCGCAGGACCUGGAGGCGUUGAACUUGCGGCUCCCGAAGACGCCCGAGAAGUACAAGGAGACGCAGACACAGCAGCAACACUCUGCGUCUACAUCGCCUAUUGUAGAACAUCUGUCCCCAUCUUCUGUCUUGCAUUCAUCCCCUUCUCAUCGACACGCCGCUCUUCCCUCCCGUCCUUCGACGGUCCCGGAAGGUUCAGAGCCAGAGCACUCUGCAUGA